AUGGGUUUGUUCAACAGAAUCAAGUGUCUCUUUGCCCUGGUGCUUUUGUUCUACGUGUUCUAUCUCAACAACUACAAAUGUGUUGAGAUGAGAGAGAACCCGUUGCACACUCGGGUCGACCAGGUGUUCCACCCGUUGGCUCGCCACCACGCCGCCGGCUGUGAGCUGCUUGCCAAAGCUCAUCAAUUUGUCCAACCUUACUUGGACCAAACCCAUGCCUUCUUGGACGAACACAUCCACGAAAAGCCGUGGUUCAAGCAAUACAAGAUCGAGGAGAAGAUCCAAGCGGCUAAGCACCACUUCCACCAGGUGGCCGACCCCGUUCUCCAACAGGUGUUCCAAUCGUUCGAUGGGUUCGAAAAACAGGCCUACGACUACGUUGUCAAGUACACCAACGAAGGCAAGAAGUUCGUCGACGAAAAGGUGAAGAAGGACUAG